GUUAAGCAAACGUGAGAGGGAAUGAGGGAAUGAUAGCGCAGAGUAAAACUGAGUGACAGAAAUUAUUUUUCGCAUGAGUAUAAUUUAUUUUCUAAAUGUAAUUUCUGUGCUCGCAAAAUAUAUAUUUUCGUGGUCCAAAUGUAACGCCAUACCCCAUAGUGUUACAUAACAGAAUACGCUGGUUAUAUAAGGGCGCUGCUCCAGUGGGAGCUUGAUGCCCACUCGUGAGUACAGUGUGUUCUAGCGGGACACAGAGAGAAGAAGAGCAGGUUCUGUAUCCACCACACUGACCAAUGCCAAUGUCUCCUGUGUCCUCGGGGUUGCAUCAACAUGCCACUGAAGGGACUGGAGACCAUUGCUCCUUUGGUCUGCUCUGUGAAGGAGACCCCUGAGCCAAUCUCCACCAAAAUACAAGGCACCAUUCCGUCCUGGAUCAGUGGCAGCCUACUUCGUAAUGGGCCGGGAAAGUUUGAGUUUGGAAACACACACUACAACCACUGGUUUGAUGGGAUGGCUAUGCUGCACCAGUUCAGGAUUGACAAAGGUCAAAUGACCUACAGGAGUCGCUUCCUGCAAAGUGAUGCUUACAAAAAGAACAGCGAAUGGGACCGCAUUAUGAUGUCAGAGUUUGGUACCCUUGCUUUGCCUGAUCCUUGCAAAAACCUCUUUCAGCGCUUUCUUUCCCGAUUUGAGAGGAUGGAGCCCACUGAUAAUGCAAAUGUUAGUUUUGUGAAGUACAAAAGUGAUUACUAUGUCAGCACAGAGACAAACUUCAUGCACAAAGUGAACCCAGAGAAUCUCAAAACAUUGGAAAAGGUGGACUGGAGUAAGUUUAUUGCUGUAAAUGGAGCUACUGCCCACCCACACUAUGACCCUGAUGGUACCACCUACAAUAUGGGCAAUUCUUAUGGCACCAAAGGAGCCCUGUACAACUUCAUCAGAGUUCCUCCAGAGAAGACACAUGCCAGUGACUCUCUACAAGGGGCUAAAGUACUAUGUUCUAUUGAACCUGUAAACAAGUCCCAUCCCUCCUACUAUCACAGCUUUGCCAUGUCUGAAAACUUUGUGGUGUUCAUCGAGCAGCCAAUUAAGAUGGAUCUGCUCAAGAUAGUAACAGCUAAGAUGAGGGGGAGACCUUUGAGUGAGGCCAUCUACUGGGAUCCCCAUCAGGAAACCAUCUUCCACCUUGUUGACAAGCAUACAGGCGAGGUCAGCUCAGUGAAGUACCAAACCAAAGCCUUAUCCACUUUCCAUCAGAUUAAUGCCUUUGAGGAGGACGGAUUCUUGAUGGUUGACAUGUGUUGCUCAGACGACGGCCAAGCCAUCAACAACUACCUCAUCCAGAACUUACGCAAGUCAGGAGACGCACUAGAUGAGGUGUACAAUAACAUGUGCCGUGUUUACCCCCGCCGUUUUGUUUUGCCCCUGAAUGUGACCAGUGAAACAAUGACAGGCCAGAACCUGAACACACGACCCUCCAGUAAAGCAACAUGUGUCAAAAUCAGUGAUGAUAAGGUGUUCUGCCAGCAUGAGAAUCUCCAUGGUGACGACCUCCAUGAGUAUGGUGGCCUAGAGUUUCCUCAGAUCAACUAUGGCAGAUAUAACACACGGCCAUAUCGUUAUCUCUAUGGCUGUGGCUUCAGCCACCUGGUGGGAGACUCUCUGCUUAAGAUGGACCUUAAGGACAAUACUCUUAAGGUGUGGUACCGGAAGUGUCUCUACCCAUCAGAGCCAGUGUUUGUUCCAUCACGUGAUGCUGUGGAGGAAGAUGAUGGUGUCAUCCUCUCUGUGGUUCUAACUCCCUCACAGGAUAAAGGAACAUUCUUGCUAGUUUUGGAUGCCAAGACAUUUGAAGAGCUGGGACGAGCCAGUGUUCCUGUUAAUAUGCCUUAUGGCUUCCAUGGUACCUUUAAUGCUUCUGUGUGAAUUAUGUUUCAUUCAAAGUGAUGUAUGGUGUAACACCAUAAGAAGAGGAUGUUCAACUCUUAAACCAUGUGUCAAAUGAAUUGAUUAAUUGUACGUUUUCUAUUAGUGAACAAUAGAUUUUUAGCUUGAAUCACAUUUAUGUACUCUGAUGUAACAUUUUUUACCUUUGAAUGCUUUAUUAAUAGUAAAUGGUUUGUAUUUAUAUAGUGUCAGUUCCCAACAGUUUGUUAAGGAAGAGUAUUAGGGCCACAUAAGAUAAGAUAGACCUUUAUUAGUCCCGCAGUGGGGAAAUGUGCUCUCCAUGAUGCUGUCUAUGUACAGUGCCUUGAGAUAAUGUAUGUUAUGAUUUGGUGAUAUACAAGUAAAAUUGAAAUGAAUUGAAUUGAAUUGAACAAUAAGACUAUAAAAGGUUAAAAAUAGAAUGUACAUUAUAGACAAUUUCCAGAAUAUAUACAGUAUAAACAAAGAUUAAACAUGGGAUAUUAUAUCAGUGACAUGCGGUGAGGUUCAUUUUUCUUAGCCAAGCUUUCUUAUUUUUUUUUUUUUUUCAAUUAAAAUUGAAAAUUGUGUAUGGUCUUGUAUAUAUAAUUAUACAUGUAAUUCAAUGCGCCUAAUUCUUCUCCAAGAAUAUCUCUGUCACGACUAAAGACUAAAUAGGUCACACACAUUCAUUAAAUAUAUUAAGCAGACUGUGGAACGUCAGCAUGUGUAGUACAUGUAUAAUCAAACAUUUAUAUUGGCGAUAUAAAAAGAGGCAUCAGUGGGCAUGCGGCAACUGCCUGCUCAGUCAGUGUGUGUGGCACAGCCUGAGGCACAGCUCAUCGAUGCCUCACCUCACCAUUCUCCCGUGUAUUUGAACAGGAAAUGCGUAAAUUUAGCGAUUUUGACCAUAGAAAUGCUGAAAUCCUACAGGAAACUAAUUUAUAGAACAGUCAAGUGGACAAAUUGAUUUUUUUUAUCAUUGUUAGUAUUUUAUUUGUCAUGAUGUCUGCGUCCCCUGACCGCAAGUCACUGUAUUAUACAUAUAUUGCACGUGAGAUAGUAGCCUAAUUAUGUGUGGUCUACUGAGAGCAGUGCUUGUUGUACAGUCUAACAGCUGCAGGGAGUAACGACCUGCGAUAACACUCCUCUAAAGGUCAGAAAUGCCUCCUCCUCGCACGGUGCCGGGAUCCAGCACAACACCCCUCCCGCUCCUCGGGCAGCACAGCUACUGUAAACAAUAAAAAUGUGGCUCCACACAGGAUCCCCAGACACGGCUGAAAAGUGUAAAAAAACACGGUGCCCACAGUGUCCGUAGUUAAAUAAUAAGAACACACUAAAAUAGUAGGAAAGAUGUAAAAAUACAAAGUUUUAAGGGAAACAACCUAGGAAGUAGCGAAAGCUGCUGCAGCAGGCUGCCACACGGGAGGUGCCAUCUUGCAUCUGUAAAUUAAAAAAACAAAAAAUAAAAACAAUUCAGUACAAAUAUAAAGCAACAAAGUAGGAAUACGUUAAAAAAAUAUUUGUUGUUGGUGUUUCAGACACUUCACAUACAAAAUAAAUAACAGUGGUCCCAACACUGAACCUUAGGUAACAGUACAAAUUACAAAUUGGGAGGCUUCUUCUUCUUGAUGUAUUGACAUCCAUUUUUUAACAUUUUCCCCCGUGAAAGGGGCAUUGUCACAUGGCAGUUGGGACUGGUUUUAUUGAUGAUUAUUGCAUUUUUUAAGGGUUUUGCAUGGUUUUAUUCACCAGUGUAUUAAGUUUUUAUUCCAUGUCCCACUGCCCGCGAAGGCACCAUGAAAUGUUGAAUGUACUGCACCUGGAGGUUCUGCCCUUGUCAACAGGAACCAGUCAAUGGCGGAGGAACAGGGUUUUUGAACCGGAAGGCAAAUAACGAACGAAAAGAGAAGCGAGUGGCAGCAGAGAACACGAGAGACUGGGAAACAAUACUUGUCUCUGGUUGAUUCUAUAGCACAGCUGGUACCCUGCAUGGCUGAUAUCUGUUUACUCUAACUGUACCUUUUUAUAAUAAAAAUUUGUUUUAUUGA